AUACCAAAAUGAAAGUGUAUUUAUACUUAUUUAUAGAAGGAGGUAGUACUAGUAUUUAAGAGUGUGUUUAGGUGUAGUGUAUGAUAGAAGUAGAAGGAAGAGUGGUUACAUAAGAAAAGAAAGAUAGAAUAGAAUAAAAAAAAAAGAAGGAAGAGGGGUGUGGCGGGAGAUAGCAAAACAGAACACUCUUCUCUGUUUACGGCCAUCCGAUAAGAUAGGAAGCAAAGCAAAACAAAAAGAAAGAAAAGCCCAAUUCUCUACAAUUUUAUUUUAUAAUCCUAUAGUACAGAAAAAAGCAAUUACAUUAGUUUCAUUUCACGAGAAAUCUGCGGAAUUCCCCAAAAUUCAUUCAAUUACAUCAUCAUCAUCAUCAUCACAUUACAUUACGUAUCUCUUCCGAUUUAUUUUUUCCUUUCUCAUUCAUUCAUUCAUUCAUCACUAUCGUCACUCUCUCUCUCUCUUUUCCUUUUUUGUUUUCUUCUUCGCCGUUCUUAUUUUAAUCACACCACCACCACCGCCGCCGCUUAUAGCUUUUUUUUUAUCAUCAUCAUCAUCAUCGUCGAUUUGCAGCAUGAAGGAUAAAGAUAAAGAUAAGGAAAAGGAAUCCGAAAAGAAAAAGUAUCCUAUCGGCGCCGAACAUUACAUUCUUUACGAAGAGAUUGGUCAAGGCGUUAGUGCUUCCGUCUUCCGUGCUCAAUGUGUUCCUUUCAACGAGAUCAUCGCUAUCAAGAUUCUCGACUUCGAACGUGACAACUGCGAUCUGAAUAAUAUAUCUCGUGAAGCACAGACAAUGGUUCUAGUGGACCACCCUAACGUGUUGAAAUCACACUGUUCAUUCGUUAGCGAUCACAAUCUAUGGGUUGUGAUGCCAUUCAUGUCUGGUGGUUCAUGUCUUCACAUAUUGAAAGCUGCACAUCCUGAUGGAUUUGAAGAGGUUGUUAUUGCAACUGUACUUAGGGAGGUAUUGAAGGGUUUAGAGUAUCUUCAUCAUCACGGUCAUAUUCAUCGUGACGUUAAGGCUGGUAAUAUUCUUAUUGAUUCUCGCGGUGCUGUUAAGCUAGGCGAUUUCGGUGUUUCUGCUUGUCUUUUUGAUUCCGGUGAUCGCCAACGCUCUAGAAAUACUUUUGUUGGAACACCUUGUUGGAUGGCACCUGAGGUCAUGGAGCAACUGCAUGGUUAUAACUUCAAAGCUGAUAUCUGGUCAUUUGGCAUAACUGCUUUGGAGCUUGCCCAUGGCCAUGCUCCUUUCUCAAAGUAUCCACCCUUGAAGGUACUGCUUAUGACCUUGCAAAAUGCACCCCCAGGCCUUGACUAUGAAAGGGACAAGAAGUUCUCCAAGUCUUUUAAGCAGAUGAUUGCUUGUUGUUUGGUAAAAGAUCCUUCAAAAAGACCCUCAGCAAACAGGCUGUUAAAACAUUCCUUCUUUAAGCAAGCUCGCUCCAGUGAUUAUAUUAGCCGAACUCUAUUGGAGGGGCUACCUGCUUUGGGUGAUCGCAUGGAGAUUCUAAAGAGAAAAGAAGAAGAUAUGCGUGCACAAAAGAAAAUGGCUGAUGGGCAGAUGGAGGAAUUAUCACAGAAUGAAUACAAACGAGGCAUUAGUGGAUGGAACUUCAACCUUGAAGAUAUGAAGGCUCAGGCUUCCUUGAUCAACGAUUUUGACGAUGCUAUAUCUGAUAUUAAUCAUGUGGGAAGUUCAAGUUCCUUAUCCAAUCUUGAUGCGCCGCAAGAUAAGCAACAGCCAAGUUCAAGUCACUGCCGUUCUCAAACUGUUGACAUGGAGGAAAAUAAUGAAACACAUAACCAAUUGGCUUCUGUUGUGGUAGUUGAUUCCACAAUAAAUGAUGCCAAGACUAAAGUUGAAAAAUCUGAUGAUGAUUUUAGCAUCACCAGCUCAAGCCACGAACCACAAACUUCUUCCUGUCAUGAUGAUCAUGUGGACCAACGUUUAGGUGAAAAAUCUGAUGUUGAAAAUGGCGUAAGAUCCACGGAGGGCAUGGCUAUCCCUCCUCAUCACAGAAGAGGAUGUUCGUCAAGCAUAUUACCGGAAGUUACUCUUCCACCUAUUCGAGCAGAUUGUGAGAAGCUACAAAAUCUUCCCUCAAACGUCUCAAGUGCCAAUGCAACUUCAGUUCUACAAGCAGGAGAGGAUGUGCUUACUGAACUUCCUUCUAGAGUCUCAAAAUCAUCAGCUAAUUCUGAUGACACAGAUGAUAAAGCAAAGGUACCCGUUGUUCAACAGAGAGGACGUUUUAAAGUUACAUCUGAGAAUGUUGACCCGGAAAAGGUGGUUCCUUCUCCUAUACUGCAAAAGAGUCACAGCAUGCAGGUUAUAAGCCAGCAUAAUGCUACUCCUGUACAUUCACCUUUACCGUUAUUAUCAACUAUAUCUGAUUCUACGCCAUCAAAUAUUUCUGGCUGUUCUCUGUUCCCCGUGUUGCACUCUGUGCUGCAGACAAAUAUUCUUCAGAGGGAUACCAUUCUAACUUUAAUGAAGCUAAUUACUGCGGGUGAAUCUGCCGCUGAUAGCACAAAUACCCCAGCACAGAUAGCAGCAACGGAGAAAUCAUUGCUUGAAUCAGCUCACGAGAGGGAAAAGGAGUUACUUCAUGAGAUAACUGAUCUGCAAUGGAGGCUCAUAUGCACCCAGGAAGAGCUUCAAAAAUUGAAAACAGAUAAUGCUCAGGUGUGAUUGGAUUGUCAGAAAUGGAUAUCAGAAGUGAUUCCGUUGUUUAAGUGUGGAUGAUUGGAUUUUCCUUAAAUCUAAGUUCUUCGUGGGCACUUUUAAGGUGCAAGGAGAAAGUUGAAUUGUGACCAAUUGAACAUCAUUGACUAGAUAUUUGACUAGAUGUUGAAUACUUUGUUACUUUUAGGUUAUUUUAGUUGAUAAGAAAUUUAUCAUAGCUCCUUGUUUCUUUGGCAGCAUAAUAGCUCAUUCUUAGUGCAGAUUCGUUGUUCAUAAUUAUUUUUUGUAAAUGAUUUUAGUGUUAUUUCUUUUCUUGGUUGUAAAUUACCGUGCACUUUCAUACAUGAAAUUUUCUUAACGUACAA